AUGGACGAGUCGCGCAACCGUUGCACGUCACCGCAGCCGCCGGCGCCUCGCGUCUCGAUCCGUCGCAAUCCGUCGGAUCGUACGGCCGCCACUGCGUCCGAUCGUACGGCGGCUGCUUGCAUCACGGGCUAUAAGCAACAGCAGCAGCUACCCUGCAAGGACCCUACAUGCUCCUGCCGCAACGCAGAGAACACCGCCGUCGCCCCCACCUCCCCGCUGCUCACUUGCGCGCUCGUCACCCGCCGCUGGCUGCGCCUCUCUGCGCUUCUCCCCCGCGCCAUCACUGUUCCCGCGGGCCUCCUCCUACGCCCCCGCUCCCUCCUGCGCACUCUCUCCGCCUUCCCCCACCUGCGCUCCCUCACGCUACACGGAGACUCUUGCCGAAGCAUCAGCAACAGCAGGAGCAGAGGGACCAUAAGUGAUUGGCUCAUCGCGCGUCUGGCAGCGCUGCCGCAGCUGACGUCACUGUCGCUCGUUGGCGUGGCGGCAAUCCCGAGGCUCGCCCCCUUGGCGCCCUCCCUGCUGUGCUUAGAGAUCCGCGGCGCAGGCGAGGGGGUGACGUGUCUCCCCGGAAAAUGCCUAGCGCAGCUGACGUGUCUGCAGGAGCUGGUUUUGCGGGACAGCUUGGCGCUGCGGCAGCUUCCGUCUUCGCUUGCUCUAAUGCCGUCGCUGCAGCGGAUUCGCGUGGAAGGAUGCUAUUCCGUGAUGCUCGAUGCUUGGACGCCCAGGGAUGGGUUGGCGGCUGCUGAGCCUUUUUUGAAGGAGGAUGAGGAGCGAGAGGAGGGGGAGGGGCGAAGGAAUGACAUAACACGUGUUCAUGGUGGGGACGUGGUUGCUUCGAGGGUGUCCGGGGGUGCAGGGGGUGGGGAGGAUGUGAAGGCAAGCUGUGGGCAGCAACUGCCGCCUCAGUGGAGAAGGCGACAGCGGCGGCAACAGAAGAAACUCCAUCGCUGCCGUGAGAAGGUUCUGCAGCAGCAGCAGCAGCAGCAGCAGCAGCAGCAGCAGCAGGUGUCACAGGUUGACUGUCAGGGUGGUGUCGCCUCUGUCACGGCAGCAGCACAGCCACGCCAGCCUUUGUUCUUCUCCAAGCUGCAACAUCUCGAGCUUGCUGACGUGUCAGCCCUGCAUAAGCUGCCACGUGGCAUCCUCCAGCACCACUCACUCAAGCACCUCGUGCUGGAUGGCUAUUCAGGCGCCUCCCUUUCUGUUACUGGCAGCGUUGACCCCGAUUCAACUAGGUCAUCGCUCGAACCUCCCAUCCGCAUGCCCAGCCUGCAACAUCUGGUGCUGCGCAACCUUCCAAAACUUUGCGAGCUACCCAAAUGCCUUUCCCUGCCCGCCGCCUGCCCGUCCCUCACCAUCCUUACCAUCGAGAACUGCCCGUGCCUCCCGUCCCUCCUCACUCCUCCUGCCAGCCUGCACACCUUAAAGCUUCACAAUCUUCCCAACCUGACAGCCAUCUGCGAUCCACUGCGUGCCCACUGCCCAUCGCUCUCUGUACUCGUUAUAAACCAAUGCGCCAACCUCCAUACAGUGCCGUGCUUCCCAUCGCGCGGCCUGUUGCGCGUGGAGAUUCGCAACCUCCCAAACCUCACAGCACUCACAAGCCCGUCCUCCCUCCUCAACCCCUCCUCCUCCUCCCCUCGCCUCUUUGCAAUUGAAAACUGCCCUCUCCUUCCUAUAAAUGCUAUAAACACCUCUGCACGCCCCCCCUUGGCCUUCAAAUUCCCAAGCCUGAGCGAGCUAUGGCUGCACGACCUGCCGCUGCUGCACGAGCUACCGCCCUCCUUCUCCUGCCUCUCCUCCCUGCACCGUUUGGUCAUCACCCGCUGCCAUGGGCUCAACUCACUCCCCCACUGCCUGCCAGAGCUCCCCUUGCCGCGCGAUCUUGCCCUCGUAGUAAACCACAACCUCACCAUCCCCAGGGAUUUCCUGCCGCAGCUGCACUCGGUGCAGCGCCUGGUGGUACAUCGGGAGCGGGAGAACAAGACCAUGAUUGCACAUCACGGGAGGGUGAGGCCACAGUUUGCGCUGCCCCCGCGGGUGCAAGAGCUUUACACGGAUGACUUUGGUAGCGAGGUGUUGCGGUUGCAUGAGCUGCAAAGACUGGAGGUGAUUGGGGAGAACCUCGCAAAAGUGAGUAUUAGCGAGAUUGAGGUGAUGAAGUGA